ACUCUAUGUAUACGUAUGUACCUUUACACUGUUAGGCAAAGGUUGCAUAUGUUAAUAAGGAGUAUCUAAAUUAAUAAAUAAUAAAUCUUGUGAGGAAGAGAGAAGGUGAUCUUGAGAGAAGAUGAUAAUCCUUGAGGUGUAAUGUCCUACAUAGUAGGGUGCCUUAUUGUAUGAAUAAAUUAAAUUAAAUUUAAAUUAAAUUGUAGACAAGUCAUAAAGCAAUACUUUUAACAGAAACCCAUCCAAAUUUAACGAAAUGACGUAUUUAGUUGACUUCCUGUUCAGAUAAGUAGUCUACGUUUUUUGAUGAGAAAAACGAUCGGUUAGGUAUACAAACACACAAAAAACAUGAACUGAACCAAGUUUCAUUUCAAUUCUGGACUUGAACGUGAAACAUUGUAGUCGCAUUUGUAUGUUUUACUUUUGAAAGAUGGAACAAGAACCAACUUCUCCUAAAUUACGAGAAGCUAUCGAGUGCACAAUUUGCCUUGAUGUUCCUCCCUCGCCGAUACACAACUGUGACAAUGGACACAUUAUCUGUGGAAUUUGUGCUAAAAAAGUUAAAAAGUGUGGAUUAUGUGGAUCUGACCUUCAAGUUUCUACUCUUGCAGAAAGACUUUCUCGACAAUUUGAUCUCAAAUGUAAAUGUCCAAACUUGUCGGCUGGAUGCUUAACUCCAAUAUCGGCAGCAAAUCUAUUAAGUCACCUAGUUAGCUGUUAUUACCGCGACGCAACAUGUCCAAAAAAAAAAUGCGACGGAUUAAAAAUCCCAUUACAAGACUACCCCCAGCAUCUACUCCAGGAUCAUAAAGUAACCUGUGUAGGGGGACAUAAUACACGAUUUAUUCACAUCGUCCAUGGAAAAUUUAAAAGCACAAGUUCACGUGCCAUCCCUAUCGAAAUCACGUACAAAGAUGGAAAGACUUUCCUCCUCCAUUGUUUCAUCCAGACCGAUGUGAUGUAUUUCUGGACAACAAUUUUGGGAGAUUCUCAAGAAUCUGAGAGGCACUCGUACCAGUUCAAAAUUUGGAACGAGACGAAAGGAGGCAGAAAGAUUGAGUGUUGUUGGACACUUCCCGUCUUUGCGUUCCAUGACCACUCCAAAUUCAAGGCUCCUUCUCCAUUCUACGUCUGCAUUCCUGUUCCAAUGCUUCUCCAGUUUUGCACGGUCAGCGAAUCCGAACCCCCUGAACCUGACAAAUACGAAUUUAAUACGCAACAUUUGAUAUUGUGAAUAAAUCAAUUACGAUACCUAUUUAGACUUUUUUAAUAAACGGGUUCUUGAAAUAUAUAUAAGUAUGUACAUAUGUAAAUAACUGUAAGUAAUGGAUUUAUUCAUUCUGCACAAAGAAUACUGUACCAAUACCAAUAAUAUGGCAAAAUUGGAGUUUA